AUGACUCGUAUCAUCCUUCUAUUAGCAGCAAUCUUCAUCGCUGUGGCCGCCAGUCUUCCGUCUGACGGAUCCCAUCCGCUGCGCCCAUGGUGGAACGCCCCGCAUUCUAGCGCCCGCGUCGUCGGUGGCUUCGAAGUCGACGUUAAGGAAAUUCCAUUCCAGGUGUCGCUGAGCAGUGGUUACGGUCACUUUUGCGGUGGAUCUCUAUUGAACGAACGUUGGGUUCUAACCGCUGGUCAUUGUGCUAGGACUGGCGAACAUGGUCUGCAAGUCCGUAUCGGUUCCAGCCGACAUGCUUCCGGUGGAAAACUGAUCAAAGUGAGAGCUGCACACCAACACCCGCAGUACAAUGGGGCCACCAUCGAUUACGAUUUCACCUUGCUGGAACUGGAGGAAACAGUGACAUUUACCGACAGUUGUCGUCCCGUAGAGCUGCCCAAGCAGGAUGAGCCGAUCCAGGAUGGUACUUGUCUGCAGGUUUCCGGUUGGGGCAAUACUCAAAACGCAAAUGAAUCGAGUUCGGUGCUGCGGGCUACCAAUGUUCCGGCUGUAUCACUGGAAGAAUGCAACGAGGCUUACUCGGACGUCGGCACUGUUACCAGUCGCAUGGUUUGUGCCGGUUACAGAGAGGGCGGCAAGGAUGCUUGCCAGGGAGAUUCCGGUGGCCCACUGGUCGAUGGCAAUAAGCUGGUUGGAGUCGUAUCCUGGGGCUACGGUUGUGCUGUUCCUGGAUAUCCGGGAGUGUAUUCUCGGGUUGCAGCCGUUCGCGACUGGGUGAAGGAAGUCAGUGGCGUUUAGAAUGGUUGUGAUUAUAGGCUGACGAUGGGAAUAAGGAAAUAUACAUUAAA